ACUUUGCUUACUUUCAGCUUGUCAGUAGGCUUGACAACAACUGCAUGAAUCGAUCAACACCUAAUUUUGCAUUGCAUCGUAUUUUUUGUCACUAACUACCUUGCUACAGUAUUACAAAAAAGAUAGGCGACUGUUCUCAUCAGAAACUGCUAUUGGUGGUGACCCUACGAGAUGAAAUGUCCAGAAUGUCAGCACGCUUCGGCGGAGAAAAAUGCCAAAUCCUGUAGCCAAUGCGGCUUCAGGUUUGCCCAGCUCUCAGGCCAGCCUCAACAGAAACCCUCUGUUCCUGUGGAGGAGGAGAGGAUGGCAUCGAUGGUCACCGAGACAACAAAUGCAUCGGCAAAGCGACCCAAUGAGGAGACCAAGGGAAACCCAAAGAAAAAGCAGUCCAAAGGACAGGCCUCGAGCCGGACGUCCAGCGGGACCGACCCAAAGGUGGAGCAGGAGCAGCUGCAAAAAAAGUCUUCCAGCUCCAAAGAAGACCCCUCCCAGGGAAAAGAGACUGAUACUGACAUGAAGGAUGCCCCACCUCCCAAAAGAAUACCUCCAACCAAUCAACAGAUCCCGGCCAGUGACAGGCUCACCAUCUACUUCCACGCUGUGUUGUCCAAGGACUUUAAGUUCAAACCGGACAAUGACAGGAUUUUUUUGCGGGCUGGAAACAGGAUCGGCAAAUGGGAAAAAAACGCUGUUGAACUAACAGUGUCUCGGGAUCUGGGAGACCAUGGAUUUUUUGUAGAAGGAAAACUGAUGACAACCAAAAAAGAAGCAGUUUCUGUUUCCAUACCAUACAAAUAUGUUGUGUAUAAACACAAUAAAAAAAAGUAUGAGUAUGAAUACAUCUAUAAAGUGGACACAAAGCAAACGACCAACAGAUGUCUCUGUGUCAAGCCGCAUUUGCUCAAUGAGGAAGGAGAAUGGCACCAAUAUGAUGACAUCAUUUGUGUGGAGCCCUCCAGACAUUUUAUUUCAAGGGGUUUAGCAUAUGUUUGGCCUGAUCAAAAGAAAAACAUUAUUCAAGGUCGUGAAAUCGCAGGAAGAAUCAUGCUCGGAACUAUUUUUGACCUUCUUAGUACCUGGAGUGAAAUUAACCUGAAGAGUUUCCUCACUCAGCUUAAGCAGUUCCACCAGAUUUACGCAAACCCAUUUGUGUAUGAGGAAACCCACAAAAAGUGGUACUCCUUAGAUUAUGGUGAAAAAGAGGUGAACCUCCUGCUAAAGCAGGUGGUGCUGGAGAGCGUGACUCCCCAGUUGGGUAAGGACAGCAGCGGGAGGAACACCUUCAUCAAGGACCCAUUGUAUGCCGCCGUGAUCGUGCUGUACAUUUGGAGCACGUACAAGAUCAGGCUGGAUAACAGCGAACUGUCCCGGCUCUGCGUUGAACUCUGCCUGCCAGAACUGCCCAAAGAUGACUUCAUCAGAUACUGGGCAGAUUUUGUCGUAUCGUUUUCACAUAUAAAGAAACUGCCUGAGAUGGUGCUGGCGCUUGUUGGUCAGGUAAAUACGGAGGGCAUGCCACACUGGAUCCUGGCCGUUCCUCUGCUUCACUUUCUGAGGGGGUCGUCUGCGCCCUUUGAACCUGUCUUGCGCACCAUCAGCACAAGAUAUGAACUCCCCUGGGCAGGGCUUGAGGGAUUGAAAUUCGGCAGUACUGCAUCCAAGUCCAGCCAAGAUAGGAGGGCCAUAAUAAAUAUGAUUAGAAAGCACAAGCACCUGCUUGAGGCGGACGUGCUGCUGGCUCGAUCGUGGAUGUUGGUGAUGACUGUGGAGGAAUUGGUUGAUUUCUGCAGUAUUGCCCAGAUUGACUUGCUGGACAUCCUCCAAGCCUUUUGUCUGAAGGCCCCAGAAGAGGUGUCUCACUCCAGUUGCACACAUGUGUCUGAUGUACUUGCACAUAUUCUGAAAUCCCUUGUAGAACAACAGUACAGUUUGCAAAGUGAGGACUAUGGAAGAGCUUGCCUGACGACAGCAAUAGAACUAUUGGACAAAAUCUGCAAAGGAGUCAAAUCUUCAGGUUACACGCAGAACUUUACCGAGAUCCCCGUGGCAUGUGUGAACAUGGUUGCCUUGGUUUUAGAAUUUUUUCUGUCCUGCCAACCUCAGGAGUCGACGGAUGUCGGCGGAGCCAAGAUGAAAGCGAAGGACAGAGAGCUGCUCGGAGGGGCCAUGAACAUCAUGAGGAGAUGGGUCAGUCAAACCUUCCGGAACAAGCUGACCACCGGUUACGUGCAGAUCAGCCUCACGUCCGAAAUCGAGAUGUGGAACAACGUCAUUUCUCUCAGUUUUAAAAAUGAGGAAUUCACAAAGGAAUGGAGACAAUUGUUUACAACAGAUUUUGAAGGAAAAUUUGAAAAGGAGUCUCCAUUGGACCAAGUUGUGAUCUACUGUUCCAGUAUUGAACAGAUUGGUGACUCGUAUCCCCAUGUUGCAAAGAGCAUUGAGAAGUGUGCCCUCCAGGCAGUCAAUUCCAUUUGCCAGGCCAAGGCAGAGGCAAAGCUUUUUGAGAAAAUCAAGAUAAACUGGAAGUUUGGAAAGCUGGUAUCUGCCAUCAUCGAGAAGUCCUGGCCCAGGGAUGCUAGGGGGCAUUACCUCGAGGGAGAGGAAGUGAUCCUUCAGCACAUGCUCAACUGGACCGCUGCCAGGGACAUCUUUAAACUGCAUGGUGUGGAUGAAAAGCUGACGAACAAGCUCAGUGAUGAGGCCAGUGAGCGAAUGGCUGUGGCCAGCUCAGGAUUCACCUCCAUCUCCCACAAAGUGUUCACGGGAGCCAUAGAGAUCAAGCUGCUGAAUCAAAUCCUAAAAAACCAAACAACCUUCAUUGAGCUGCUGAAGAUAGACUGCCUGUCGGACAAUGAGAAGUGCAAGGACAGCUCUGCCAUGAGGAUGCUGCUGCAGUGGAGAAGGGACGAGGUGGAGGCAGUGUAUCAUGAGAGGAAGCUGGUGGAGAGUCUGAUCACCAUGUCCCACAAACUGCAGGAGCACGUCGCAGUCUCCAUGGAUAAUCUAGAGGAAAAGCUGCAAAUUAACAUUGAGGUGAUGACUCUUGACCAGUUCAUGGAUGUUCAGAAGUUUGACACUCUCUUGUCUGACCCGACCAGCGUGGUCACCUUCUUCAACCUCGACCAGAACACAAAAGAGAUGGCGAAAGUCCUGUGCAUGUUGAAGGACAGCUUUAUUUUUUGCAUGUGUUGGGAGAAUCAGGCAAAAGAACUCUCUAGGAGACACCCCCACAACGAUGGUGAAGAUGACAAUCAAGAACUGGUGGCCACGCUCCCAGUGAUAUACAGUGAUAUUUAUCAGCUGUCGUACGAUAAAUAUCUGAAGAUCUACUCUGACCUGAAAAGUGGGGCUCUCAAACUGGGGGAGGUGGAUGUCAUCUUCAAGGCUUAUAAAGGCAAGUACAAAGAACUGAGGGAUGAGCUGGCGAUCAUGUGCUGGACAGACCAGUCGGAGGAACGAAACUGGAUCCAGAGAAGGGUGGGACAGAUCGAGCAGUACCACGGGGUCCACCUGGCUGUGGAGUCAGCCCUGGUCAUCAAAAAGGUCAAAGACACGCUCUGCCUUCAGGGGGACUUCAAGGUCCUGGACAUGCUGCUUGAAGUUGCUGAUGUGAACUUUAAAAAUGAGAGCCUGGACCGCUUUGAUGAUAACUUGAUUCAGGCCAAGAGGGACAUGGUGGAAAUCACUGAACAACGUCUCCUGUGCUUGCAAGAGCUCGGCGAGAGAAAAAACUUUGUCAUGUGGGUCAAAGAGGCCCUGGAAGAUAUCAAUGAGCUGAAGGUAUUUGUGGACCUGGCAUCCAUCUCGGCUGGAGAGAAUGAUCUGGAUGUGGACCGCGUGGCCUGUUUUCAUGACGCUGUUCUGGGCUACUCCCCCAUGCUGUACGAGCUUAAGCCCAACUCUGGGUUUGAUGUCUUCAAGGAGACACUGGAGAAGUUGUGGAAAGCACUCGACAAUGAUCACAACCUCCCGAAGAAGCUGCGAGACACUGCUCGCCACCUGGAGUGGUUGAAAACAGUGAAAGAAAGCCAUGGCUCGGUGGAGCUGUCCUCACUUUCCUUAGCUUCUGCCAUCAACAAGAAGGGCAUCUACAUCAUCAGCGCGCAAAACCAGAAGAAGUUGAGUCUGGAAACAGCCUUGAAGCUGAAGAUCCCAGAGGAGCACGAGGAGGGGCAGGAGAUGCGCUGCUAUUCGCUGGAGGAGCUGCGGGAGUUACAGAACAAGUUGAUGCUGAUGUCUGGGAAAGGGGAGCAGGGCCAGGGUGAGGUGGAGCACUUCGUGGAGGUCUUUGCCGGCAUCCAGAGACUCACUGUGGCCUUUAUCGACCUGUACACUGCCGGGAACCCACUGUUUCGUCACUGGGAGGCCAACAUCAAUUGCAGUGCAGUCAAUGGAGAUGGCAUGGCGGGCAUCAUCAUGGACUUCAAUCUGAACACUGCGGUGGGUGAGAUCAUGCUGGAGGGCGACAUGCUGGAACAUCUGCUUGAACUGUGCAGGAAGAUGGAACGGUGCUUGGAAUUCUGGAAGGCCUUUGUGGACCAGCAGAGAUCCCAGCACUACUACCUCAACUACUUCUCUGCAGAGCAGAUCGUCUACCUGUGUGACAGACUGACCCAGACGAAAGUGGGGAAGCUGGAUGGCCAGGCCCUAAUGAUGCUGUCCUUCAUCAGGCCCAACUGUGGAGUCCAUGAUCUGAGGCAAACGUGGCAUGAGCUCCUCACCAUGGCUCCAGAGCAGAACAAAGACAUAGACUUUCAGACCUUUGUGGAGAAGACUAACAACAUGGAAGCAGGUCCCACAUUUGAAGAGGAGGCUGCUGACCUGCCGAGUCUUGUGGAGCGGGCCAGUGGCUCACGAAAGCUGGAUGUUGUGUGGAACGCCUAUAUGAGGGACAUGACGAACUUCCUCCCAGACUCCCUGGAUGUCAGUACCUUGGGGAGGCUGUUGGAAAUACUGGGUAACCAAGAGGAAGGUGAUGACGAUGAUGAGGAUGAGGUAUUAAUGUUAGCUGUGAGGAAGGAGAAUUGCGUCUUCCGGACCCUUCCAAAUGGUCUGGUUUGUGGGCACCCAAACCUUGUCAUUUGCCCACGGGCUGAAGUCUUGAAGUCGUGCAUCAGCGUCUACAUGAACAGCGGGCAUGAGCCACUGCCCACCUACGAUGAGGUGCUCCUGUGCACCGCCGCCACCCCCUACGAACAGGUGGAGCUGUUCCUCAGGCGGUGCCUGACUGCUGGCUGCAGAGACGAGAAGAUCUACACCCUCCUGUAUGCGGAGGACCUGGCCUACGAGGCCAGCUACAGGGUGGAGCAGCUCUUCCAGAGGCUAGAGAAGCAGUGCUCUAGGCCCUACAUGCUGGUGAUCAUCUGCAGCGCCGACCGGGAACACGCCUAUAUCCCCUCUGCCUUCAGCCAGUACCGGGUGCACAUGGUCCCCCUGGAGUCCCUGGAGAAAAUCCAGGGCUACCUGUCCAAGCACUAUACCGUCCCUUCAGAACUGCCCAGUGCCGCUGCUGUGUUCCGAGACAGGAAGUUUGUCAGGGUUGUGACAUCCAAAAGAGCAGGAGUGGGUAAAUCUCUUUACAUUCAGAGGCUGUACGAGGAACUUAGGAAAACCACCAAGAGACCCUCUCUGCUGAAAUGCAUUCGUUUGAUUGAUCCAAGUGUUGAUGAAAACGUUGUCCUGCAGUCCUUGAUCAGUAGCCUCCAGAAGAAGGAACUCACAAUCUUCCAUUUUGACAUCACAUCCUCUGUGCGGAAAGGCCUGUAUGAAUUUCUAUUCAAAUUGUUGGUGUUGCGCUACCUGAUGGAUUCCGAAGGUCGCAUGUGGAAAUGCAGCAACACCCAUUUGUAUGUCAUUGAGAUCUUGCAGUUCAUGGGAGAUGUCUCCAGAACUGGCAAAAGUACUCGUUCACAUGCUCAGUUUGCCUUCUUAGAUGUCUUUCCAAAAGUCUUUUGUCGUCCCCCGAAAGAGGUCCUGGAAUUGGAAAUGCAGAUGCGAGAUGACCCUUCCAUGAAGGAUGAAGACCCACUUAUGGACGACCAAGAGUUCCAAAGUGAAGCCUUCCAAAGACCCUAUCAGUAUUUAACAAGGUUCCACAAUGGCAUCAGUCUGGACGAAUUCAGGUACAACAAUGUCGAGGGGACUCACGUACAGUGCCUGCAGAUGCUUUUUGUGUACUGUGGCAUCGUGGAUCCUUCAUGGGCUGAGCUGAGGAAUUUUGCAUGGUUCCUGAACCUGCAGCUGCGAGACUGUGAGACGUCUGUUUUCUGCCAAAUGGAUUUUGUUGGGGACACCCUGGGUGGUUUCAAGAACUUUGUGGUGGACUUCAUGAUUCUGAUGGCUAAGGAUUUUGCCACACCCUCCCUCAGCAUCUCUGACCAGAGCCCAGGGAGGCAACUGGUGGACCUAUCUGGGGCCACUGAAGCUGACCUGGCCCCCUUCCGUAUCAGAAAGCGGUGGGAAUCUGAGCCACACCCGUACAUUUUCUUCAACGAUGACCAUAUAUCCAUGACUUUUAUUGGCUUCCACUUGAAGGUGAAUGGGCAGAACAGCGUUGAUGCCAUCGACCCCGUAAGGAAGACUGUGAUCAAACCAAAUGUCAUGAGCCGGGAGCUGUAUGAGGGACUCAAGUUGCAGAGGGUCCCCUUCAACAUUGACUUUGAUCAGCUCCAAAGAGGCGAGAAGAUCGAACGCCUCUGCAAUGUUCUUGGCAUCCAGAGACGUAUGGAUCCAGACAAAACCUAUGAGCUCACCACUGACAACAUCCUUAAGAUGCUGGCGAUCCACAUGCGCUUCCGAUGUGGCAUCCCUGUCAUCAUCAUGGGAGAGACAGGCUGUGGGAAGACCAGACUUGUUAAGUACCUAUGCGAACUGCAGAGGAGCGCGGUCCCCACAGACAACAUGAAACUUGUCAAAGUCCAUGGUGGGACCACCUCAGACAUGAUCUAUGCCAAAGUGAGGGAGGCAGAUGACAUAGCCUUGUUCAACAAGCAGAAAUAUAAGUUGGACUCCAUCCUAUUUUUUGACGAGGCUAACACCACAGAGGCUGUCAGCAGCAUCAAGGAAGUCCUCUGUGAUGGCACUGUGAAAGGACAACCCCUUACUCAGAACACUGGACUGCAGAUCAUUGCUGCUUGCAAUCCAUAUAGGAAGCACUCGGAUGAGAUGAUCCAAAGGUUGGAAUCUGCUGGAUUGGGAUACAGAGUUAGAGCCGAAGAGACUGACGACAAGCUGGGAUCUAUCCCCCUUCGCCAACUGGUGUACAGAGUCCAGGCCCUGCCCCCAAGUAUGAUCCCGCUGGUGUGGGACUUUGGCCAGCUCAAUGACUGCACAGAAAAAAUGUACAUCCAACAGAUAGUCCAGAGGGUGGUGGACACUAAUUCAAUCAGAACGCAGUACAUUGAGAUGAUUACCAACGUCUUGUCUACCUCGCAGAAAUACAUGAGGACGAGGAAGGAUGAAUGUAGCUUUGUCAGUCUGAGAGAUGUGGAACGCUGCAUGCAAGCUUUUGUUUGGUUCUACAAAAACCAUAGAAUGUUUCUGGAUGAGAUAGAAAACCCAGAAAGAAGUGGGAGACUGCAAAGAUUGACUGAGAGUCGCAAUCCUGUUGAGUGGUCCCUUGUGAUGGCUGUGGGAGUUUGCUACCAUGCCUGUUUGGAAAAUAAGGACAGCUACCGGGAGACAAUCUGUAAGCUCCUCCCUGAAAUGAACACGCCCCAGAAAGUUGCACAGGAAAUUUCGCUCAUGCAGGACCUCCUUCUGAGUGGCUUUCCCCUUGGGGAAACUAUUGCUAGGAACAAUGCAUUGAAAGAGAAUGUGUUCAUGAUGGUAAUCUGUAUUGAGUUACGAAUCCCCCUUUUCUUAGUGGGGAAACCUGGGAGUUCAAAAUCCCUGUCUAAGACACUUGUAGCAGAUGCCAUGCAGGGCCAGGCUGCACACUCGGAGCUGUACAAAAAACUGAAGCAAAUUCACCUGGUCUCCUUCCAGUGCAGCCCCCACUCUACUCCAGAAGGAAUCAUCAACACCUUCAAACAGUGUGCCCGUUUCCAGGAGGGCAAAAAUUUGAGGGAGUAUAUCUCUGUGGUGGUGCUGGAUGAGAUUGGCCUGGCAGAAGACUCCCCCAAAAUGCCUCUCAAAACUCUUCACCCCUUGCUGGAAGAAGGCUGCAUUGAUGAUGAACCACUGCCACACAAGAAAGUUGGUUUCGUUGGCAUCUCCAACUGGGCCUUGGACCCGGCUAAGAUGAAUAGAGGCAUUUUUGUGUCCCGUGGUGACCCAGAUGAAAAGGAGCUAAUUGAAAGUGCAAAGGGCAUAUGUUCCUCUGACAAGAUGGUCUUGGAGAAAGUUCGAAGCUACUUCCAGCCUUUUGCCAGGGCAUAUCUGAAUGUCUGCCAGGAACAGGGUAAAGGUUUUUUUGGCUUACGGGAUUACUACAGCCUGAUAAAGAUGGUGUUUGCCAUUGCCAAAGUCUCUACCCAUGAGCCCAGCCCAGAGCGCUUAGUGGAAGCAGUGCUGAGGAACUUCAGUGGCAAGGAUAAUGUGGAUGCAGUCCGCGUCUUCAUCACCGGACUGCGUAUUAGCCCAAACAUGGAGAGCAUCAGCGCCAUUGAGCUUGUGAGACAGAACAUCUCAGCCAUCGGCCAGGAUGACGAGUGCCGGUACCUGCUGGUUCUGACAAAAAACUAUGCCGCUCUCCAGAUUCUUCAGCAGACGUUUUUCUCUGACCAGCACCAGCCUGAGAUCAUCUUUGGCUCCAGCUUCCCCAAGGAUCAGGAGUACACCCAGAUCUGCCGCAAUAUCAACCGGGUUAAGAUCUGCAUGGAGACUGGCCAGACCAUUGUGCUUCUGAACCUGCAGAACCUUUACGAAAGCCUCUAUGAUGCCCUCAACCAGUACUAUGUCUGUCUGGGUGGCCAGAAGUAUGUGGACUUAGGACUGGGAACCCAUCGUGUGAAGUGCAGGGUGCACAAGGACUUCAGACUCAUUGUCAUCGAGGAGAAAGAAGUGGUCUACAAGCAGUUCCCCAUCCCACUCAUCAACCGACUGGAGAAACACUACCUAGACAUCAACACUGUCCUCAAGAGUGAUCAAAAAGGACUUGUCCUAGAACUAGAGAAGUGGGUGGGACUGUUUGUGACCCUUCGUGGCCAACACUCCAUUGGUGCACGCUUGCCUAAGUACCUACCAGUCGAUGUCUUCAUUGGCUACCACUCUGACACCUGUGCUUCAGUGGUCCUGCAGGUGACUGAGAAGCUGAAGGAAGAGUCAGAGAUGUCUGAUUACCAUAGACACAUCCUGGAUGAGGCCAAGUUGAUCCUGCUGGCCUGCGCCACCCCAGAUUCGGUGGUGCGUCUAGACUCCACUGCCCUCCCCAGCGGGGAGACUGAGCAGCUGGCUCACGUGUACUUUGAACAGCAAAAGCACAGCUCUCUGGCUGACUUCAUCAUCUCUCACACCCAGCAAGAGGAGUGGUGCCAUGCGUCUUUCACUGAGGUGACAACAUUCUCAAGGCUCUUGACAGCAUCAGAUACUGGGCUUCUCCAGGACGCCGCUUCUAACAUCGAGCUACUCUCCCUGCAACAGUUUGACACCGAGCACUCCUUCCUCAAAAAGAUAAGACAUUUCCUAGACUCUACAUCUGGAUUCAGAAUACUCAUUAUUCAAACAGAUUUCAACGAAGGCUCCCAGAGUGCAAACCUCAUUGCUUCGGCAAAGUACUCUGCAAUGAAUGAAAUCAGCAAAUCAAGAGAUGAAGAAAUGAGAGGGAAAGUGUUUGUGUACUUUAUCACCAAGCUUCCAAGAAUGGAGGGAGGGACUUCUUAUGUUGGAUUUCAUGGAGGCCCCUGGAAGUCGGUCCACAUUGAUGACCUCCGAAGGUCCAAGGACAUCAUCUCGGACAUCAAAGCCUUGAGAGGUUUAACUAUAAGCCAGCUCUUUGAGGACAAGGUGGAGGAACAUGAUGCAAUGGAAGUGGAGGACAUGUACACAGCAACAGGAGAGCAGGAAAUGGAAUGUUCAGAACCCACAGACGGCUGGGAGGCGGUGCUGGACACCACAGCACUGGUGCGGAGCUGUGUGCAGAGCGCAGUGGGCAUGCUCAGAGACCAGGGUGAGGGUGGAGCCCGCAGCACCAGGAGGGUGGAGAUCCUUCUGACGCUAUUGGCCGACAGCGAGGAGCUGAAAGCUGCAUUUCUGACAGCUUUGAAGAGGCGCCUCCACACCCUGCUGGUGUCCUACGAUGGCAAAAGCUUCUCGUCCAAGAACUGGGUGAUCAACGAGGCGUCCAAUGUCGACGCCCUGCAGGAGGGCGGAACCUUCAGACACGCCCUGUGGAAGCGUGUUCAGGCCGUUGUCACUCCCCUCCUGGCUCAGCUCGUUGCCGUCGCCGACCGCGACUGCAACCUGGACCUGCUCCUGGACCACAACUCUGGGGAGCCGGUAAGGAAGCUUUGGCUGGACAUCUUCAGGGACGAGAAGCUUCUGGAAGUUCCCUUUGCAGCAGUGGACCGCAACUCCGAGUCGAAGACCAUCCUGGUGCAGAGCUACAUCACGCCGCAGCUGGGAGCCGGCUGCAGCCUGCCUUUCAGCUGGAGGGUGCGAGACUACCUGGAGGAGCUCCGGGUUCACGCUCAGCAUCAUGAAGGCCACACAGUGAGGCAGUUUGAGGACGUCUUCCGGAACACUCCGCUUGGCCGGUACAUUGCAGAGGCAGCAAAGGAGACGCAGAGAGAGUUCUUCCAGCGCUACCUUCAGGAUUUUGUGUGCAUGAUGAUGAAAGUCACCUCAGAGGAGGAACUCCAGCUUCUGUGUACUGCCUUGACCUGCUGCGUCAAUGAAUUGAGGAUCCGUGAGGAUGUGGAGGAGGAUGAGGUCAUCUCUUUGCCCUGGGUCCAUGCCGCACACCAGGAGUUUAAGAACCGUCUGCAGAACCUGUCCAGGAUGGUUGCCAUGGAGCCCAAGGUGGCUCCGAACCUUCAGCGUAUUGAGGGCUCCAGGGAAGGUCCUGAAAUGGUGCUGGAUGUGUUUGCGGCUCUGGCCUGCGUGGAGCUGUUGGAGCCCAGGGGGCUGGACUCAGACAGGGAGCGGCUGGCCUGGCUGCGGCAGGUGAAGAGGCUGCAGGGGCCCGUCGAGCUGGCCUGCUCAGAGGAGAUCUGCAGCCGCUACGGGGAGAGGAGCCGAGAACGGGCGCGCACCGUCCGACGGGGGUGGAGCAGAAUCUUCUCCCUGUCCCUGUUUGUGGAGCACAUGCUGGUGGGCAUCGAGGGCGUGGAGGAGAAGCUCCGCCCACUGCUGCUGGAGCGCACUCGGGUAUUGGGGCAGGUUCUGGGGACGAACUCGGACCUGAAAAUGGAGCCGCCCUUCCUGGCAGUCAUCGGGAUCCUCAAGGCCUGCAUGGAUGGAGCAAACGACAGGAUAUUCAAGUUUGGACGUCAGCCCUGUCCCGUGUGCAUGGGGGACCCCCAUGAGCCCCUCAGCCUUCCCUGUCACCACAUAUACUGCCUGGCCUGCAUCAGACAGUGGCUGAUCCCGGGUCAGAUGUACUGCCCUCUCUGCAAACAGGAGGUCCCCGAUGACUUCAACCUGGCCACGUCUGAGGACAUACGGCUCCGCAUCGUCAUGUACUCCCAGUUCAGGAAACGGUGCAACGCCUUCUUCAUCGACAUGGUCUCCACCGUGUGCUUCAAGGACAACGCCCCGCCCUCCAGUGAGGUCAUCCAGCACCUGCUGUCCUACCUCAUGGUGGCCGUGGAGGCCGUACGCACCAUCAGAGCUCGCACUCCGGUGUUCACCAAAGCUCUGUCUCCGUUUGACGACUCGGUGGACAAAAAUCCCGUGGUCCGCUCGGUCAUUCUGAAACUCCUUCUGAAGUACAGCUUUGCUGAGGUCAAAGACUACCUGCAGCAGCACCUGUCUGAUGUUGAACAGAGCAAUAUCCUGGAUGAAGGGGACAAAAGUGAACUUUACUCCCUGUACAUAAACUGUCUGCAGGACUCCAUGUUGGAGAGGACGCAGUGCCGCACGGCCGCAGAGAGGACGGCCUGCCUGCAGGACGAGAGGAACUUCCUGAAGCACUUCCUGAAGCACUUCCUGCGCCCGCGCGGCGUCAGGGCGCGCGCGACCACCAUAGAGCACCUGCAGGAGGUAGCCCGGGUUCGGCUGUGCCUGGACAUGGCCGCGCACCUGAUGGCGGACCAGCAGACAAACCCAGGGCCGUGCGAGGGCGCUCUGAACGCGGUCUCGGCGUUCCUGGGCUGCGUGGCGGACCUGUGCAUGCGGAGCGGGAACGGCUGGUACCGGGUCUACCUGAUCCGCAAGGUGUGCAGCCAGCAGGGCAUGGAGUUCGUCCAGAAGCUCCAGGCGACGGCCGAGCUCAGAUGGCUGUUUCCCGAGGAGCUCCUGCAGAAUCAGGAAGGGGGGCAGAUGGACCACUUCCUUGUUUGGGGGGAGGACUAUCGGACCAUACGCGAAGCUGUCGCCAAGGCAACGAUGAAAGGCGGAACGGAAGGGAUAGAGGAGGCGUGUGAGAGGUGCGGAGGUACGCCGGCUAAGAAGACGGUACUCCUGCUCCUGGCCCUCUUCAGGGAAGUUACCACGCUCUACAGAACGGCCAACCACAGCCUCCACCCAAAACAGGAGUUGCUCCAUGCCUUGGAGGGUUUCAUCCAGGGCUCCCGGGUGCUGGUGAGGCCGGAGGCACAGGCCUUCGCCCUGGCCCUGGUGCACAACCAGCUGGGCGCGCUGAGGGUCGGGGCCGACCGGCCGGGGGUGGAGCACGGCCUGGUCGAGCUGACCGUCCACCUGGCGGCUGUGCUGAUGACUGUGAACCACGGGUGCCUGGCCCCCCUCAGGCUGCUGGCCCUGUCCCCCGCCCGCAUGCAGGCGGCCUUCCUACCCACAAUGCCCGAGGACAUGCUUGCUGUGGCUCGCGCGGCCUUGGGACCCCUCAUGUGGUACUAUUGUCCGAACGGUCACCCCUGCACUGUUGGAGAGUGUGGCAGGCCUAUGGAGAUCAGACGGUGCCUGGACUGUAAUUUGCCAGUAGGGGGAAGUGGCCAUCAGCCUCUUCCGGGUUUUAAUCCGGUUAAUGUCCACGGGGACCGCACCCAGAGCGGUCACAUCUUGGGGGACCCGGGUAGGAGAGACAUGCCGGACAUGCUGGACACCAAGAGCAUGUCCCCCGCCCCCUUCACGCUGGUCAGGCUGCUCACGCACUUGAGCAUGCUUAUUGGAGCUUCUGAGCACCCUCAGGUUAUAGCCCAGAUAAUCAAGCCCCCGGUGGCUGAUCCAGGCUCGUUCCUGAUUGGUCACCUGCUGAAGGACAUGGAGCAGCUGGGCCGUGUGCUGGGGAAGGGCUCUGACGACACGGUCAGCAUGGCCCACCUGACGGUCCUCAGCCUGCUGGACGCUAACCCACCCACACAGUGGCCUGUUUCCCACAACAACGUUCUCUCCACCAAAGAGGCGAGGAACGCCUGGGAGACGGGCGUUGCGUCUGACAUCAUCGUCCCUCAGCUUAAGACCCUGGAGCGGCAGCUGAAGGAGGCGAACGACCUGAUCAGGACGGACUCGCGCGUGUCCUCCAGCCCCGUGAUGAAGCUGGUGUUCGGGGACCCGCGGCUCACCCUGACCACCCUGCCCCGGGACAGCCCGAUCCACAGCGGGGCGGUGUGGAGCUGCAGGGAGAGGGUGUCCCUGCGGGCGCUGGCACACGUGGUGGAGCAGAACGACGGGCGGGACGCCCUCCCGGUGCUCUGGAGGUUCCUGCACAAGGAGCCAGAGCUGCGUCUGGUCCGGUUCCUCCCGGAGAUUCUGGCACUGCAGAGGGAACUGGUGAAGAAGUUCCAGAACGCCCCGGACGUCACCUGCAGCACCAUACAUGAAUUCAUCCAGGGCCUGACAGCAGCCUCUCUCAAAACCUGGUACGAGACGCGGAUCAAAAUAUUCCUGAAGACCUGGAAUCAGCUCAGACAGUCGCUGGCCACCAAAGGAGAGCUGAAGAUCCCUGCCGAGCUCUGCCAGACGGAUUUGGGUCACAGCAGCGACCUCCAGGUGCUGUUGCCGCGGCGCCAGGGGCAGGGCCUGUGCGCCACCGCCCUGGUCAGCUACCUCAUCGCCCUGCACAACGAGCAGGUGCACGCGGUGGACAAGCACACCGGGGAGGAGACCAGCUACACGGUGAGCCCCGCGGACCUGAGCGACCUGCACGUGAUCCGCUACGAGCCGGAGCGCGACCUGCUCCCCCUGGUGCUGUCCCACUGCCAGUACAGCGUGGAGCGCGGCCAGGAGACCAUCUCCGAAUACGACCUCCCCAAAAUCCAGCAGCAGGUGGUCACCCGCUUCCUGCAGGGCAAGCCUCUCAUUAGCCUGGUGGGAAUUCCAACACUGGUGAACAGACACGACCGGAACUAUGUAAACAUUUUCAAGGAUGUGAAAGACAAGGUUGGACAAGAAGCCCUGCCCGCUCUGACCCUGGCAGCAUUGGCAGGGGAGCUGGCAGCGUACAGUGAUGUGUGUGAGGCUCUGGAGGUGGUGGAGGUAGCUCUGGGUUUCCUUGCGAUGACGGGUGAAAACCCUGACAUGCAGCUCGUCUGCUACCUCAGAGACGUUCUACAGAUGGGGGACCGGACAGCCCCCCACAUCCUAAAGGCCCUGAGCCGGUGCAGUCUGAAGCACUGUGCAGCCGUGUGGCAGCUCCUGGCGUCCCUUAAAUCAGAGAACAUGCUGCGUCUCAAGAGGGACCCUUUUGUGGGCGUCUUGGGGGAGUAUAAGAAGCCUCUGAGUGAGGAGGAGAGGGGCUUGCUGAUGGCGUUCCUCUCUAAGGGCAGUGUGGACACCUGUCUGCUGGAGAUGCACGAGUUCCUGCUGCUGCACCUGAAGGAUGCCCAAGCCCUGGAAAUGUACAGGGCCUCCUGGGGACUGAAAGAAACGCUGGUGUCGUACAUUGAGCGCAAGGAUGUCGACGUCCCCCCAGACGUGGAGCUCCUCCCUGACGAGAUCUUCCUGUCGAAAUUUGUGGAGGCGUGGAAGCUCAUCGCCACGUUUCGACAGAACCGCGGACGGCGAUGACGUGGCCCACGGCCACGCCCGCCCCCACUCCCUGCCAUUGUUAAAGCUUUUCUUAACCACUUUUACUGCGUCUGUACUUUUUACUGUAGUAUCGCAAUCUGUCUUCUGUUUCACAUCUCAUACAGCGAACACAUGUAUAUCCUUACAUAUGUAAUUCUCAUGAGCGUGAACUGUGAUACUCACGGCUGUGUACCUUAGCCUGCGGGUUUUAUACAAAUCGUGCUUGGAUGUGCUGCGAGACGGGUACAUAAUGAAGUGCAAUAUUUCUGUUAAUUAUGGCUUUCUAAAAGUGAACUUUUACCGAAUGUAUUUCGCCUCCUGAUUUCUGGCCUGUCACGAAAGCGGGAUGCAAUAAUUUUUUGAACGCAGAGACAAUCUUCUUAUCACAGUCAGUUUUUUUUUUCCAUCAUUUAUUGUGAACAUUAUAUCCCUUCAGUGCUAUAGGCUUUUGUUUGCACUUAAAAGUAUUUGUCUGGAAUACUUUGAAACUAAUAAUUUGGAAAGUGUUAUUGUGGGAAUGCUAUUCUACUCAGGGAGUCCCAUUUUCACUGGGGCAGAGACGGAAGAAAAAUUGUGACAUGCUCAUCAAAUGUUACUUUGCUUGGUACUGCCUUGAAACGCUUUUGUUUCGUUUAAGUUUAUCCCUGAUAUUUGUUCUCUUCUUUGUCUCUGUCUUUUAAUUUUGUUCAUCUGUUAUUUGAGCAAUUGACCUUUUGCCUUAAAGGGACAUUCAUUCCAAGGUUUCCGUAAAAAAAACUUUUCCAACUCUCCUUCCCAACCAUUUUCACUUUAAACUCAUACAUAGGACCAAUCAGUAGUCUUAAUCAUGCCAUAUAUGCACUCCAGAAAUAUGAUUUACUAUGUUUAAUAAAAUAUGAAGAGGCACUCAAACA